CUCUCGCCGUCUCUUAAUUUAGUGCUGAAAGAAUAUGAUACCGAAGCCGUGAUGAUGCUGAUACCGAUUUAUCCACUUGCUCAGGCUUUCGAAUCCCAUGAGAUCGACAAAGAACUCGUCAAUCAUCACUUGAAUAUGACUGCAGAUUGUGUAACAGAUACGCUUAGCAGUUAUUGGUUCGUCGGUUCAUCCGAACCGAUAGAUGAUGCACGAAUAUCACCUAAAUGCCUACUAUGAGGAGGAUGACACUGACGUAUUGGACAAGGUAUUAACAUACUUUGCUUUCGAAAACCAGUUCUAUCUCUUCAUUCCAGGCCUUAUUUUUCUGCUCUGUUCUUGCUUUUGCUUUAGUUGGAAAAAGAAAAAGAGAAUUUUGCAACCGUACAGUCAUGAUAUUCAACCCCCUCCCCCCCCCCCCCCCAAACACCCACCCACCACCAAAACAAAAGAAAAAUCCGUAUCCAGCUGAUAGGUCAUCAAUCUCUCUUGAAGGUGGCAAUGAUGCCGGCCUUGAAUCCCCUGUAGAGGCAAUUGGAACAAUUUGGAUAUGCUUUAAGUAAACCAUCUUGAAAUCGUGAUGUAAAAAGAUCACAAUUAAGUGAUUCAAGUAGCUCUAGUUUGCUCAUGGUAGCUGAAUGUUGUACACCUGAGAGAAUUGAAUUCUCAAGUACGUGAUGUGAUCAGCUCUGAGCAUGAGAAGAAGAUGGGAGAAUUGUGUGCUGUGAUUACUUUUCUCCCCCUGCUUCUGCCCCAUGUGAUGCAUCAAAUACUACUAGCUAUAAUCUUAAUAAAUUUGGAUAAAUUUCACAUAUAUUACAAUCAGGUUCUUCAUAUGUCAUAGAUGUGUUCCAAAUGUCAAAUUAGCUGUGUUCCGAAGGACAAAAUCACUACACAAGUACAAUCUUGAUCACAAUCAAAGCCGAUCGAGAUUAUGGCAAAACUUAGGUACACUUACAAGUUAAAAAAUCAAUAGGUAUAUCACGCCGUAUAGCGUAUAGCGGAAACAUCAAUCAUCAUUUAAAGAUAGGCCUCUCCAACUAUAAACCCCGGGAUGUUCUUUUUAUCGUCACACAUACACCGCGACUUCGGAUAUAGAUCUGGUAAAGGGACAAACAUAUGAAAUGCACCAAGAAAUUCAUACACCAUGGUCGCACCAAAUCGAAAUGAUUGAAUUCUAACCACCCAAGUAGGAGGAGGAAGUAUCUUCCAAAUUAAACAACUUCGAUGGAGAAACCUACAAGAAAAGUCAUCAACUCUAAAAUUCUGGGUUCAAACAGCACCAAGACUGACUGGGUCAUGCACCAAGACUGACUGGGUCAUGCACGAAUACCACCUGCUGAGCAAUGCUCUCGAUGGCCUCCUCCAGGGCAAUAGGAAGAACUAUGUUUUGUGUAUGAUAAAGUGCAAUUCUGACAAGAAGGCCAAUUCAACUCCAUCCUUCCAUGAAUAUGAAUAUGAACGCCAUGAGCCUAUGACUAUCAACAGAGAUGGCAUCCUUGAUCUGGAACGCGGGCAAGCUGCUCGAGAACUGAAACUGGUCGCCGCCAAAGCAAAGCCAAAGUCUUCUUCUUCAACCAACUUUUGUAGAAAGUGUUGCAACAACAAUCCAUUUGUGGAGUAUAUCCUACUGGUUGUGGGCAUUAUUGCGUUGCUAAUGCUCAUAAUCAUUUUCAGCAAAAUCUAUAACAGUGUGAGAUACUGUAACAUCCACUGAUGCUCUAUGCUGGGAGUAUAAUCAUCCAAUGACAAAGAUGUUGGUGGGGGUCCAAGGUCGGGAGCGUGGAUAUACUACUUAUGUAGCAUGCUACUGUAAGUUUCUGUUAGGCUUAGUAUUUGCCCAGAUAAGAUUUGUAAGCAUUCCUGUCUCGUGGAAUUGUGGUCUGCUGCCGUCUGAGACUUUAUAUUUGUUGGAGAUGGAUCAAAGCUGAAGGUUGUCCAGCAGAAGGCAGACAUCAAGCUUCGAGUUGUUCUACUGGAAGACAGUCGAGGAUUAUGCAGAAGACAGACUAGUUUUAUGUGUUUUAUUUCAGUUGUUUAGUUCCCGGUUUGUAGGGAUGUUGAACAAGUGUAUUUGGCAAUUUUAAGUUGUAUUGACAGUUACUUUUACUGUCCUUUAUGUUUUCAGUUUUCUGUGGCGUGUAUAUGAUUUUGCAGACAAGUUAAAAGAAACUGUGUGUUUUUCCAA